UGGGCGCCGGGACGCCUAUAAAUAUAGCCGGCCUCAACAGUGAUGGCUCUCACACGGAAACAAGGAUCCACCGGAGAGAAAUACACAUCUGCCACAACAGAGAAAACAAAAAAACCCAGAAAAAUAGAAGAAAUGAAACGAUUUGUGUCGUCGUUGUUGGUCGUCGUGAUGAUUGCCGGCCAGUUGACAGAGUCGGCCGUCUUGUCCGGCAAGGGCAAAGGCAAAGAGCGGGUCAUGCACGACGGACCUAAAGUGCUAAUCAAAAGCACGGCUCUCCAGCACGCCAACAUCGUGAGUCGGCAGAAGAACAGCGACCUUCACGAAAUCUACUUGGCUCCUUACCGCUACAUUGAAAAGGAAGUUAAAGCGGUGGCGACGUUCAUGGAAGCGGCUUAUUUCAACAACAGCGGCGCCGUCCAGGGCGUCGUCGUUCUGACGCAAGAGGCGGCAGCUAAAGGCGUCACGAUGAAAGGUAACGUCCGCGGAUUAACGCCGGGCAAGCACGGCAUCCGCAUUCACGAAUUCGGAGACAUCCGUGACCACUGCCGGGCCGACAGGACCGGAACGCAUUACAAUCCUUACAAGAUCAAGACGCCGGAAUCCAACAUUUUCGUGAAAGAAGACGGGACGUCCGAUUUCGUGUUGACGGACAAGACCUUGUCUCUGGCAGGUGGGCGGUCCAUCAUCGGUCGAUCCAUCGUCAUCGAUCAAGAACCCGACGAUUUAUUCACGCGGGACGGGCGGGCCAGCAUUACCCGACGGGCCGUUUUGUGCGGCGUCAUCGGUCGUGCCGAUUGAAAACAAAAAAAAAAACAAUAAUUUUUUUGAAUUAAUUAAUUAAUGAAUGAAUCAACAAUUUGUGCUAAAAUAAUUCUAUGUCUUAACACUCCUUUACCCAUCCCCCAAGCUCAAAACAAAUUUCCACACACACUUUUUUGCGUGCUUCUUCGAUUUUAUUUUUUUGAUUGCGUAACUCAAUAAAAUGGCGAGACAAAUUGGCCGUUUUUGAUAUAAGACAACAAUUCACUAUUGGUGUAUUUUCGUAUUCGUCGUUCUUCCAUCGAAGUUUAAUUUAAUUUUUUUGCUUUUAAUUUGUUUAAGGGGAGGGACGUUCACAACAUUGUUUCGGGUGUGUUAUUGUUGUUUCUUCCUCUGGUUGGUGGUGGUGGUGGUGGUGGUAAUUGCCAAAUGAGACAAGAGAUGGGAGAAAAGGAAAGGUUUUAAACAUCAUUCUUUCUUUCUUCUUGUUAUUCGCGGAAGUGCCGAAAUGAAUCAAAUUCCCAAAUACGGACGAAAAUAAAAGAAGGAAUGAAAAAAAAUAAAAAACGAUUCCUGGAAAUAUUUUCUGUUUCGUGGGUUUUUCAUCAAAGUGACAAUUAAAAACUGAUUCAAAGUCCUGAUUGAAUAAGAAAAGAAAAAAAGUGAUGUAACAGGUAUUAACAAACAUUAACAUGACGCUUCUGCUGGCUGAAGGGGAUUCGCUUUAGGCCAUGCAACGGUGUGUUAUAACAUCGACACACAAAGCUAUUUUUAGAUUAUUUCGAAAAUUUGAUUUUUUUGGAACUUUUCAUCUCGAUAACUAAUCAUCCGGAAAAAAAUGGCAAUAAAUUAAUUAGAAGCGAUACACCGCGCUAAGAUUAUAAUUUCAUUUUUCCUCGGACGAAAUGAUUUUAAAAAAUACGAAAAAAAAUUUAUGUUUCUUUUUUCUUUGAAAUAAAAAAAAGGGUGAAAAAAAAGUUUGAAAUCGGGGAAAGACAAUUAAGAUUGUUUACUUUUUUUCGAAAAUGUGAUAAUGAUAAUAUAGUAAUAAUAAAGAAACUUCGACGAUGCAGUUUGGGGAUGGAAAGAAAGGGGCGAAACAGGGGGGAAAGGUAGUAGUAGUCUCGCGUUCUACUUCCAAAACUUUAAUUCCAAUUGGGGAGACGGGGAGGGUAUAAAUCGAACAACGACCCAUAUAAAACAUGCCGACUGGCUCUCGGAGGCAAAAAAAAAACGUAUAUCAACAAAAGUGGGAGGGGGGACACAAACACACUGG